AGAUGCAUCGGUGUCUGCAAAGGAUCAUCAGACAGGUCACUACUACCUGUUGAAACGAUGAACUUCUACGACAAGGUGUAAAAAGACCACCACAACCGCAUUAGUUUAGCCUCCAUGGCUCCAUGCAUGUAGCAACUAAAAUCUUGCAUCUCAUCUCAUCUCGACGGCCGACGGCACUAGGGCAUCACGACGAUGGACCUCGUCGUCGGCGCCUCCAACGAUGCCGUGAAAUCGCUGGUGAGCAAGCUCGGGAGCCUCCUGGCUCAGGAGUACAUCCUGAUCGGAGGCGUCAGCGACGACAUCCAGUACAUCAACGACGAGCUGGCCAGCAUGCAGGCCUUCCUCAACAGGCUCAAGCAGGAGGCCAAGCACAACGAGCAGCGGCAGGGGUGGAUGAAGCAGGUGCGGGAGGUCGCCUACGACAUCGAGGACUGCGUCGACAAAGCCGGCCACCGCCUCAGCCGCGAGCCCCGUGGGAGCGGAAAACUGGCCUCCCUCAGGCGGGCCUGGUAUCUCCUCACCACGCUGUACGCUCGCCACUGCAUCGCCACUGAGAUCGGCAACCUCAAGGCCCGGGCACAGCACGUCAGCGAGCGGCGCACCAGGUACGGGGUGGAGAACCUGCUGGCAAGUCAUGGCAGUACAACUGAGGCAGCAAACAGCCCCAUUGACUACGCAGCGCCUCCUCCUCAGCUCAUCGGCACCGUGGUGCCUGUUGGCAUCGAGGGUCCCAAGAAGGAGCUCGAGCCAUGGUUCAUGGAGGCGAAACAACAGAGCAUCAACGAUCAGCUAAGGUUCCUUGCCAUUGUUGGUUUUGGUGGCAUUGGCAAGACCACUCUGGCCAUGGCCUUGUACCGCACAUUUGGAGACGAGUUUGAUUGCAGGGCCUCCGUUCUGGCAUCGCAAAAGUUCCAUCUCCUGGCGGUUCUGAGAAACCUUGUCAAGCAGUUUCACGACCAGCAGGCUAGUGCUCCCAAGAAUGACAUCGAAGGAAUUGAGGGAUGGGACCUAGAACACCUCAAAAAACAGCUAGCCGAUCAGCUUAAAGAGAAGAGGUAUCACAUAUUAAUAGAUGAUAUAUAGACUGUAUCAGCAUGGGAAAACAUUAGGGAUUCUUUUCCAACAGGCAAGAAGGGUAGUAGCAUAGUGGUGACUACUAGGUUCAAAUCAGUAGCUGAAGCCUGCCGCCGUCAACAAGGCUACGUCUUUCCGCUCAAACCUCUCAACGAUGAUGACUCCUACAAGCUGUUCUGCCAAAUCAUCUCAAAUGAACCUAAUAUUCCCAGUAAUGGUGCAAGAGCACUUUUGAAGAAAUGUGGAGGUUUGCCUUUGGCCAUAAUUUUAGUAGCUGGGCUUGUGGCUAGUAAACUGAGAUCAGAGUCAAUCAGUACCCGUGGAGGAGAUCACCAUUCGGUUCAAGAGGAGGAUGUAAGUGGUGAGUUGAAGAAGAAUAAGGAUCAAGCAGGCAAUGAUAUCAGUGAGGGGUUGGACAAGGAUGCAGUAUUUGAAGAGUUGGCAAAGAAUAAGCCCAAAUCGGGCAAUGAUAUCAGUAAAAACUUGGAGAAAUUCUUGACCCAAGUGGGCAAGGAUUUAAGUGAAGAGUUGGAGAAAAAUCUCUCAACGGAAGGAGUCGCACACAUAGUGAACCAUUGCUAUUCCCAAUUGCCUGCUGACCUUAAGACCUGCCUGUUGUAUCUGAGCAUGUUUCCCAAGGGUUGUUUGAUCAGCAGGAAGUGUUUGAUCAGAAGAUGGAUUGCUGAAGGCUUCAUUGAUGAAAAGCAUGGGAAGACAGUCGAGGAGGUUGCUGAAGACUGCUUCAAUGAACUCAUCAGCAGGAACCUAAUCCGGGCGGUCAAAAGUAGUAGCAACGGCAAGGUGAAGAGCUGCCAGGUACACGACAUGGUCCUCGAGUACAUUGUUGUCAAGUCAAGCGAUGAGAAUUUCAUCACAGUGGUUGGUGGCCACUGGCAUACACCAUUUCCAUCCUACAAGGUGCGUCGACUAUCUGUCCAAAGGAGUGACCGGCAAGAGAAGGAAACAGUGGAGAGGAUGAAGCUGUCACAUGUCCGGUCACUGACAGCAUUAGGGAGUUUCAAAGCUCUUCAUUCUACUCUGUCCAAGUUUCAGAUACUGCAGGUACUGGAUCUUGAAAGUUGCAAGGAUUUAUCAAUGAUGAAUCAGCUCGAGGAAAUAUGUGAUAUGCAUCAGCUGAAGUACCUAAGCCUGCGAAAGACAGACAUUAAGAGAGUCCCAAAGGAGAUAGGUAGGCUAGAAUACCUUCAAGUACUUGACAUAAGGGAUACAAACAUCUUGCAGCUGCCUCCAUCAGUCGAGAAGCUACAAAAAAUGGCGCAUCUACUUGCUGGCAGCAAGAGCAAGAGGAUGGGGUUGAUAUUAACUGAAGGGAUCACAAAGAUGAUGGCUCUACAAACACUAUCUGGGGUUGAGAUCCGUGGAAGCUCUCGUAAUGCAGACAGGGAUGGAUCCACUAAUAAAGAAGCUAAGAAAUAUCCCCGAUGGAAGGCGGCUAGUACAGGCUUGGGCUUGGCUAAGGGACUGCGUGCCUUGGAGAACCUCACGAACCUGAAGAAGCUCACUGUUUACAGACUUCGAGCCUUUACUGGUGAGGAUAACAGUCUGCUAUUGUCUGCCAUUGAGCACCUGAGCAGCUGCUCCCUCAAGUUUCUUGCUAUCGAUGAUGAUUUCACCGGAUUUCUUGACAGCAAGCUCAGUACUUCACACGCGCCACCGGAGCACUUGAACACCCUCGGGCUCUCCGGCAUGUUGUCCCAAGUGCCCAACUGGAUCAGCCAUCUCCACAACCUUGAGAAGCUAACUCUGUCCUUAACCUCACUCACAGAAAGUACCUUGUCAGACCUUGGGGGCCUGCCUGAGCUAUUCUCUCUCAUUUUCAUUUUGGAUAAUUCUGCAAAGAAGUAUCCAAGUGUUAUGAAGAUUUUGAGUAAGAAUGCGGAGUCCGAAGGAAUGAUCUUUGUAAAACCUGGAGGAUUUGAGAGGCUCAAACUACUACGAUUUGUGACACCGGUGCUGCCACCUUUGAGCUUUCUGGAAGGUGCAAUGCCAAAGGUUGAGAGUCUUGAGCUGAAGUUCAUAAUGGCGGAGGGCAUCUACGGCCUGGAAAACCUAGCAAGUCUCCAACAGGUGCUCCUGACAGUCAGCAGUCAAGCGCCUGAAGUUGCAAAGGCGAAGGUAUCUCAGAUCAAGGCAUUAGCAAGCAUGAAUCCGAAGCAACCCUUCGUGACCGUCGACGAGUACAAUGACUUAUAAGAGAAACAUACACAUUUUCGAAGGGAUGUGAGCACCUCAUAGCUGCAUAGUCCACUUCAGUGCAUCUGCCCCAAUAGAUAUCUCCCCUUCCAUAAGUUGUUUGUUUGAUGCAAUAUCAAGUGUGUUCAUUGUAACCUGUUCACUCUUUAUCAUUCCCUAGCGUGUGUGGCUGUGAAAUUGCUGUAUCAAGUUUACUUAUCCCAAUAAAAUAUGUAUGUUGCAUGCUCAUGAAAAAUAUGUUUAGUC